AGUCCUGAAGGAUUAGCCUCCACAGUCAGCAGCCCAACAACACACGCUCAUCAAUGGCCGGAGUGUGAAAACACCAGGACAUCUACAGUGUUUAAACUUUUCCACCUCAGUGACCUUUCCUCGGUUCACCAUGGCGACGCUGGAGGAGGAUCUGACCUGCUCCGUGUGCAGAGACACCUUCAGUCCAUCACAGCCUCUGCCCUGCGGCCACAGCUUCUGCCCCGCCUGCGUUCGUGAAUCCUGGAGCGGAUGGAAGCGCUUCACCUGCCCCCAGUGCCAGGAGGAGCCCGGCGACGUGCUGUGCGACUGCUGCCCCCCCGAAAAAGAGGGACGAGCGGCCGUCAAGACCUGCCUGAGGUGUGAGGUGUCGCUGUGCGCCGAACACCUACAGCCCCAUCUGGAGAGGCCGGCGUUCAGCACCCAUCUGCUGGUGGAUCCUCUGGGUGACCUCUCCCAGCGGAGGUGUCCAACACACACUGAGGUGUUCCGGUACUACUGUGCUGAUGAGAGGGCCUAUGUGUGUGGAGACUGUCUGCUGGAUGGAGGCCACGCUCAGCACAAAGUGAAGGCUCUGAGGCAGGUGGAGGAGGAUCUGAAGGUCAUUCUCCAGACGCUGCUACAAAGGGCAGAAGAGAAGCUAAAAGAUGGCGAAAAGAUCCUCAAAGAGCAUGAGAAUCUGGACAUCACCAUGGCUGACUCUCUGAAGAAGGACGACGAGCAGGUGGAUCGGCUUGGCUCAGACCUGCAGGUCCAGGUGAAGAAGCUGGUGACGUCUCUGAAGGAGAUGACCACCAAGCAGAGGCAGCAGCUGACUCAGCGGGUGCACGACGACUGCUCCAAAGUGAAGGAAGACAUGAGCCAGACGCUGAACAUCCAGCACUACCUGGCCUCGCUGCUGGCAGAGACGGACCCCUUCCUGCUCAUUUGGGCCUUUCAAUCAGAUGAUACAAAAUUAUUAGGAGACCUGAACAGUCCACCUUACAUCCCAGAUCCUGUUAGUCUGGACAGGAAGCCCAUCCUGGAGGAUAUAGAAUAUAAAUACAGAGAGUUCAUCACUGCCACACUGCGCUGCCUCAGCGAACUCAAAAGGGAGCUCUUGACCAGUCCGUUAUCCCUGGACACAAACACAGCUCAUCCUCUGUUGAGCAUCUCCGACGAUCUGCGCUCAGUCGUUCGAGUUAAAAAUCGCCUCCCCUGUGCUUCCCACCCUGAACGCUUCGACCACUGGCCACAGGUCCUCACCGUCCAGGCCUUCUCAUCUGGGACCCACUACUGGGAGCUGGAGGCUGAGGGCUUCUGGGAUAUCGGCAUCUGCUACAGGAGUAUAGGACGGAAGGGGAAAGAAGGCAAUGCGUUUGGAAACAACAAGGUAUCUUGGAGUUUGACGCAACAACACGACAAGAAACUGGCCGCUUGGCACAACCGCAGGAAGACCCGCCUCGCCUACCAAAUGACAGGAAACCGAGUUGCCAUCGCCUUGGAUUACGGCGCCGGUACCAUCACCUUCUCUGAGGUGGAACCGUCCGGAAAUCUUAUCCACCUCCACAGUUUCUCGGCCACAUUGACCCAGCCCGUGUGUCUGGGCUUUGGACUCUACAAAGCUGAACUAAACAGUCGAAUCUCAGUCAUCAAAGUCUGAGGCAGAAGAGGAGGAGAAUCCAGAGGAGAAUGCUGCUGGUUUGACUUAAGGCCGAUACACCGACAGACCUGCACUUUUGGUUUUUUAGGCCCACUAUGAUUAACAAAAACUAAGACUGAAAAUAAAACUAGCAAAAAAUAACUUACGGACAUAAAAAAUAAGAACGUGUGAAAACCAAAACAACAUGAAGAAAAAUGAAACUGAACUGAUGAUUGCUGAUAAAAUAAUAAUCAGCUUUGUUUCCCCACUGUUAAUAGUUCAGGAUGUACAAUAAUUAACAGUACAACAGUUUUAAUGUGCUAUCAUGCAUUUUUUCCUUCUGUAUUUUCAGCUUUCGAGGUGUCAAAGCUUUCCUCAUAAUACCUCAAAUACUGAAAUGAACACUGAAAGGCUAAACUAAAGCUAAUAAAUCCCUCA